CCAAAGUGUUUUCCAGAAAGUUUGAACCAAUUCACAGCUCCAACAAUAGUGAACAAAUCCACAGAUUCAGUUUGAUCUCAGUGGAGGGGCCUAGGAUCCUGAAACCAAGACCUCAAAGAAUAGCUGUGUCCCACCCUUCUUCUUUCCCAUCUCCCCCAUAAGCCCUGUUUGCACCUAGCUGGGAAAGCUGUCAUCCAGGAGGCUGAUCCAUGUGAAGAUGCAGAUCUGGCUACAGGCUGUUUGGAGGUACCAUCUCACCAACUCCUCAGUAGAUAGAGAUGCUGAGGACCCAGAAAAGAAAGGGUUUCGGUUGGCGCCCCUCACCACCAGCCCCAACCCGGCCCCGGCGCCCGAGGGGGACACGAAGGAAAAUGAGGCGAUCGCGCCGGAAUUCACCAACCGGAACCCCCACAAUCUGGAGCGCUUAGCCCUGGCCCGGAAGGAGCGGGGUUGGGCCACCGUGUGGCCGCGCCGGGCCUAUUGGCACAGGUUGAGAGUUCAGCGGACCCAGCACCACAUAGAAGCGUUUAUUGAGCAUCAUAAUGGGGAUGUUGUGGUUUCAGCAUCCACCCGAGAAUGGGCUAUCAAGAAGCACCUCUACAGAACUCGAAGUGUUAAUGCCGGUGAAAAUAUCGGAAGGGUACUGGCCCAGCGGUGCCUGGAGGCUGGAAUCAACUUCAUGGUUUUCUACCCCACUUCUUGGGAAUCAUCCUCAGAAUUGAUACAGCGACUACAGAAUGCCAUGAAAGAAGGUGGGGUGGUGCUACAGGAACCCCGAAGAAUCUAUGAAUAAAAGAGAAAUUUAAUUUCUUUUGGACUUUUAAUUUAAAAAAUCAGCUGAUAACCCUUUUAUCAAGAGACAGGAACUUGAGGGAUAAUCAUCUUGGUAUUUUACAGUAUAAUAAAUGUGACAGUUUUUUAA